CAGUCCUCUGUGUCCAACAGGUCGCUCGAAGAACUAUACCAUUACUAUCUGUCUUAUUACAUUGCUCUCAGUUUACUAUUCCAAGCCUUUGUGUUCUACCAAACCCGAUGGCAUCGCAGCCAAAAACUCUAUCACUACCACACUAGUCACUGAAACUAUCAUCUGUGCCUCGGCUAUCUCCCAUCGUGUUCUGACUAGCAACCGUGCAGCCAAAAUCGGCGUAGCUAACUGGAACAAGCCCUGAUUUCUCCCUGCUUUUUCCGGUCACCCCACAUUAUACCCCGGAUUUCUCCACCGUCACAUUCUUAUUUAUACGCCCCUUGCCAUUGCCACUGGAAUCUCAUUUGUAAACUUCUAUCACUCUACGUGCUACACAGUCAGCUAUCUAAUCCAUGUCUGCUCUACUCAAAACCCCCACUGCUAUCGGUCUACUCACGGGCCUAGCCCUUCCUCCCAUAAUCGCUCGGUUUGUGGUAUUCCCUGCCUAUGUACAGUCCAAGUAUGAUGACGUUGAUGAUCUCAAGCACAACGUAAACUACCUAGGGUGGCACGUCAAGCUCUUGGAGGAGGCCCAGGGCCUCUCCGAGAGUGAGGUGUUGGUUCCCAUCAGCAACCAGCGCAUUCACGAAUCGCUCCUGUCCAGGUGGUGAUGGUGUGUGUGUAAUUGUCCCAAGAAUGUAUGAAUGCUAAUCAAUGUGUAAUGUAAAGUGCGUAUUACGCUACGUAUAUAGU